AUUACUCUGACAAUCUAGUGUGGGAGUGCGCAUAGUGUCUGUUGCGGUCAAAACUUUCAUAGCCCCACUCUUCUACCCAUUUCCCACACACACACACACACUCACAAUCUCCACUUGUUGCUUUCACUUUCCUCUUCUGACUCUGUAAGCUGAACGUUCUGAGGGACUAUCCUGGUUUAAUCUUAAACUCUGAUGUAUCUAUUUACCUGAAACUGGAAUUUACACUGAGAUCAAAGAGAUGGAGACUCAUCACACACCGUGUGCGCUGGAAGUGCGGCUACUUUACAGCUUUGUCUUCUUCAUCGCUCCUUUUGCUUGUGGUUUCAAUCUGGAUACGGAAAAUCCCAGAAUAUUCCCAUCUCCAAAGGACGGCUCAGCGUUUGGCCUUCGGGUUUGUCCCUUUGGGUCUAAGCCAGGAGACAGCGUGCUAGUAACGGACCCUCUCUACCAUAACGGGACCGGUGGGGUGUUCACGUGUUCCUAUGGCAAAAGCAGAUGCGAGCCUGUCCAUGUGGACGUCCAGCCAGGCUCUGCGUUCGGCCUUUCUCUCGCCUGCAGUGACCAGCGGGCAGUGGUGUGUGGUCCUCAUUUGGUUCAGAAGUGUGAGGGGUUUAACUAUCUGAAUGGGAUUUGUGCCGAGUUUAAUCCUGACAUCAGUCUCUCUCAAAAACUCAGACCUGCUUUCCAGGAAUGUCAUGUGAUCCUCCCAAUGGAUGCAGUGAUCCUGUUCGAUGACUCCUUCAGCAUUUCAGAUGAAGAUUUCAAAAGAAUGAUUCAGUUUAUUAAGGACAUAAUUAAGGCUUUCAUUAAGGAUGAUCGAGCGCAGGUGGGCGUGGCGAAGUUCUCCACGCAGGUGUCUGCUGUUUUCAACUUUGAGAAUUACGCGUCAAAACGAGACGUAGAUGAACUAAUGAAAGGCGUUUUACACUCUAAAGGACACACGCACACUACCUCCGCCAUCCGCUUUGUACUAGACAGUAUGUUUCAGGAGAGCGUGGGGAUGAGGAACAGAUCUCAGAAGUUGCUGGUUGUGAUCACUGAUGGAAAAUCCAACGACAAAGACCCGCUGGACACUGUAAUCUCUCAGGCCAAGAAGAGAGGCAUCACCAGGUUCGCCAUCGGGGUAGGCCGUGAGCCCUCUCGUGAUGAGCUGGAGGAGAUAGCUUCGUCUACUGACUUUGUGUUUACAACAGAAAGCUUUAGUGCUCUCGCCAACAUCCUCAACCAGCUGACGCAGAAGAUAUUCGCUAUUGAAGGUGCGGAUGUGGGGAAGUCUAUCCAGCUGGAGCUGUCUCAGGGAGGAUUCAGCGUCGCUCUGUCAGGGGAGGUGAGUGUGUUCGGGGCAGUCGGAAUGUUUUCCUGGUCUGGUGGUUUGGAGGAGAAGCGCCUCCAGCUGAACGCCUCCAUUGUCAACGCCUCAAACCUGCAGGAGGACAUGACAGACUCUUACCUGGGUUACUCUGUUGCCGUGGCGACAGUGGAGGGCAGCGUCGUGUACUUCGCUGGAGCUCCCAGACACAAACACAUAGGCGUGGUGUUGGGUUUCAGCCGUAACCAAGACAACGAUACCUGGACAGUCACUCACAGAGCUGACGGGUCUCAGUUAGGGUCGUAUUUCGGAGCUGAGCUGUGUGUGUUAGAUGGCUUGUUAGCUGUUGGUGCUCCGCUUUUCUACACUGCUGCAGUCGGGGGGGAGGUCACCAUAUACUCGCUCAGCGUUGCGUCUCUGAACAGGUCAGGUGUGCUGCGAGGAGCGCCUGGCGGCACUUUCGGGCGCUUCGGUUCUGCCCUGGCAGCCCUUCAGGACCUGAACGGAGACGGUCUGUUGGAGCUGGGGGUGGGCGCUCCGCAUGAGGAGGGGGGCAGGGGGGCAGUUUACAUCUUUCUGAGCCAACCAGGGGGCAUCAGGACAAAACACAGCCAGAGAGUGCGUGGAUCUGCUGUAGGUGCAGGUUUGAAGUAUUUUGGAGUUUCUCUUCACUCUGCAGUGGAUCUGAGUUCAGAUGGUCUUCCUGAUAUAGUGGUGGGAUCCAAAGGGGCUGCCACAGUGGUGAGGACACACCCGGUCAUCUGUGCUAAUGUGUCCAUUACCCUGGAUCCACCAAUCAUAUCGCAGAACCACUUCCACUGCUCCGCCCCCUACGGGCUCAACAUGCCUAUUGCCAACGCAGUCGUGUGUGUCAACGUAACCAAGGUUUCUGUGGGAACCAUACGUGCUCCUCUCAGUGCUAAUGUGUCUAUUAAUCUGGAGCUGGACUCCGGCCCCCGGCCCCGCCUCCUACUCUCCCCCAAAUCCAACACCUCCACCUGGAGCUCCACAGUCAGCAGCAUCUGCAGCACCCACUCCAUCACCAUACCGAGGUGUAUAUCAGAUUACCAUGACGUUCAUCUGUCUGGAAAGAUGACGGUUGUGGGAGACACUGUGGAAGAAACAGGAAGCCUGAAACCCGUUCAACACCCUGACUGCACACACACUUUCACACACAUGGUCUUACUGGAGAAAGUGUGUGGAGAGGAUCAUGUGUGCAGGUCUGAUCUCAACGUUUCUCUCGGAUUCAGCCGGGACAUGGUGGUGAACAUUCAAGAUUUUCCCUUGAAUCUCUCCGUGGUGGUGAUUAAUAACGGAGAGGACGCAACUGACACGGAGCUUCUCUUUCAUCAUCCCUCCAUCUUCUCCUUCACCCGGGUCACAACGCUGGAGUCCAGUGGCCAUGCGUGGUGUGUGUCUAAUGAAACAGGACUAAUGAAAGUCACGCAAACUACCUGCAAACUCGGCGUUGCCAUCUUCAGACAGAAAGCCAAGGCUGUGUUGAACCUGACAUUCCGAGUGUCCGACCCGUCAGCUCUGAGUGACCGACUGACCGUGAACGCAUCUGUCAUGAGUAAAAACGAAAAUAACGGGAGUCUCCAUGACAACACCGCCGCCGUGUCCGUGCCGGUUAAACAACUCGUCAACUUUCAGCUGGAAAAUGAUGGAUCCACACAGUAUAUCAGUUACGAUCAGAGCUCUUUAAUCAAUCACACGUUUAAGCUGGUGAAUCUGGGCGAGUUGUCCAUCCCCGUCCGUGUGCAGUUCGUGUUGCCAUUGGAGAUGAGCUCUGGGUUUUUAUGGGAUGUUCCUCAACCUGCUGUUACCAGUUCUGGAGUGAUGUGUACAAUUUCAAAGAUGCCCAGGAACAACCAGUCAGUCCACACUCAGUACUGUAACGGCUCCAGUUGCCAACUGACUGACUGCAGCGUUCAGCUGUUAUCCAGCGACCAGCCAAUCAGCUUCCAGUUCAGAGGUGAUAUUACCAGUCAGACGAAGGUGAGUGGAGUGCAGGUAGCUGUAGUGAGUUGGGGAUUCGUGUUGUUUGAUGAACAUCAUUACACUCAGUUUCUGAAUGAAGAAGCUCUGCAGCUCUCGAUAGUGACGGAGGUGGAGUCUCCAUCACAGGCUCAGACGGUUCUGAUUGCCUCUCUGUCCAUCUUCUUUGGUUUAUUAGCCAUGGCCGUAAUCUUCUACCUGCUGUACAAGGUUGGGUUCCUCAAGUCUAAGUCUCAAAUUCCUGAUCAGCAGGGGGCGGUGAUAGCGGCGCCCUCUGAUGGUGAAGGCGGUAACACACCAGCCGACUGCCCCACGACCGAGACUGUAGCUGAUGAAGAAGCUCAGGAAGCAGCAGCACCAUCUCCUCAAAAAGCAGAGGGCAACCAGGACGCUGGACACAUCUCAUAGGACACGAGUGCCCUUUAGUCCAGCGCAGACUGUGUGGCUAAAGACUGAGCGAGUUUCUAAUGUACAGCUAUAGUUUACGAAUUCCGUAGGUUUGAGAGAUAAGAUCAGACGUAUUUUGUAAUAGGAGAUGAAAAAGGGGCAGUUUAGGGGCAGAUUUACUAAACCAGGUGCCACUCACCAAUGACAGGUCGGUGGGCGUGGCCUGUUUAGCAGAGAACUUUAAAGGUAAUGAACACAGGUGCAAAAUCAUUCUUAUUUGCUAUAUUCCUACUUAGUUUCUGGCAUUUUUUGACAUUUUAUGUUAAAAAAACUUGACAUUUAUCUUAAAAUAAUGACCUGUUUUUGAGUUUGAGUUAUUAAUCUUGGAGAAAGUUUCAUUUCAGUUUCAGUAGAGAUGCACUGAACAUAAAUGAUGUUUUCUUUGCCUUUUUAGCUUUUGUUCUAAACAGGUUAUUAAGGAAAAUUAUAUUACUGAUAAAGUGAACAAACCCACCGUAAAUAAACACAGUUUAGAUAAAUAACGUAAUAAAACGAUCACAGACAGCAGAGAGCAGCAGGUCAUCACACUGUGACUCAGUGUGAACACCGCCGGUGAUAAAAUCGCUCAGCGUCGCUCGGUCAGCCGGUCAGUGGUGGGCGUGUGGAAGUGAGAGCAGGCAGACAGGAAGCUUGAUUGGUUUUAAAAGCAUGGAGGCCAGAAACGCCCAGCACUCAGCCAGCGUCUGUCUUUAUUAACUAACCUCACAUUAGACUCAAAUAUUUGAAAGAAAAUAUCAGCUUUAAGCAAACAAAUUUAUAAUAUUUCACUUCUUCAGUUUUUACUCCAGCUGAGCAGAAACGCUGACCAGGCUAACCUGUUUAGCUCAGAGUGUUAAAGAGUGAGCUGCAUCUCUGAAAAGCAGAUUCUACACGUCUCAGUGUCCAUUAGACACAGUGAGGCUACACUCUUUAAAAACAUGGUUCUUUAAGUUUUAAUAAGGAAAAUGGUUCUAUACAGAACCAUGAACACUCCAAGAACCCUAUGCAUGA